CAUCCCAGCGAACCAAUUAUUGUUUCCGGUUUGAUCAAUGGAAAGAUCAAGUGCCACCGUUAUGGUGAAAAAUCUCAUCAAGAGCUUUGGACUGAAAAAGCAUUUAAGAAGUCAUGUAGAGGAGUUGCCUUUAAUCCUGAUGGAUCUCAACUUUAUAGUGUUUCAAAGGACAAGAUGAUUCUUUUGAUGGACACUAGCACAGGACAGACAAUUAAAUCUCGAGAGAUGACCCAUGAGAACCCAUUGAAUUCUCUUCUCAACUUGAAUGAGAAUAUGUUCGCCACAGGCGACGAUCAGGGUGUUAUCAAAAUCUGGGAUAACAGAAAGGAGGAUGCUGUCAUGACAUACUCGGAGCACGAAGACUUUAUUGCUGAUAUGGCGUAUAGUCCUUCCCAUAAAACUCUAGUGGCAGUAGGAGGAGAUGGUUAUUUGUCUACCUGGGAUAUUCGCAAACCAAAUGUUGCAGCCAUGUCUGAUCAGAUGGGCGAUGAAUUGCUUUCUGUGAAACUUGUCAAGAAUGGGCGCAAGGCCGUAGUAGGAUCACAAGAAGGCAUAUUGAGUUUAUGGUCUUGGGGAGACUGGGGAGACUACAAGGACCGUAUUGUUGGGCAUCCUCACUCUAUUGAUGCAAUCUGUAAAAUUGACGAAGAUACAAUCUGUACCGGAAGUAGUGAUGGUAUGAUCCGAGUUGUUUCUAUUCUCCCUAAUGCUUUCCAUGGUGUUAUUGGUGAUCAUGGUCAAGAUAUGCCUAUUGAGCAUAUUGAGUUGACACACGACAAGAAAUACUUGAUAAGCUGUGGCCAUGAUGAAUCACUGCGAUUCUGGGACGUU